CUCAGUGUGUGUGCUGCUCUUGCCUUGCCUCUUUUACCAGCAGUAUGGAAAAUUCACAUUGUGGCUGGUCUUGAAACCAGCUCUCCCAAAGUGUUCUACCAUAAGUCUGCACAACAACUUAAAAUCAUUACAUAGCAACAAUUUAAAACUGUUAGAAGGGAAAACGUCCACUAAAGAAGAAAUUCUUCAACGCAAUCAUGUUAGAACAGAACAGUUUGCUGGAACUGAUGCUACAAACAACAUUUAGAACAGAUGCCUUUUACGGAAAUGAGAGCUGCAUACAUUCAUCUAUUACUGAUUUCCCAGCAACAAAUCUAACCAGGGAACAACUGCUAUCAGGAUUUAUAGUUCUGUACUUCCUUGGUGCAGCUUAUGGGUUCCUACUUGCUGCCUUGGUCUGUGAGAUCUACUUUCUCCCCUGUGUUGAUGUCAUAUGCGAAGUGCUGAACCUGACACCAGAUGUGGCAGGCGCAACAUUCAUGGCGUUUGCAACAUCAGCCCCCGAAUUGGCCAUGACUGCUAUUGGAGUAUUUAUCACAGAAAGUGACAUAGGUUUGGGUGCUGUAGUGGGAUCAUCAGUCUUCAACAUUCUGGGCAUAGCAGCAGUCACUGGCCUUGCUGCCAGAGAGACUAUCACUUUGGACAAGUGGCCUCUCACACGGGACACCACCAUCUAUGCAGUAGCACUGUUUUCUCUGGUAGCUUCCAUCUGGGAUGAUAAAAUCACAUGGAUAGAGUCAGCAAUAAUGGUUCUCCUUAUUGUGACAUACAUCCUCAUCAUGGUUUAUAACAAGAAACUGAAAUAUUUUUUUGAAAACACAUGCAGACCUAGAAGAUGUCAAAAACAUGUAUUCUCCACGGAGACAACUGAUGUGGGUCAAGGAAUUUACCGACCGUACUUCCUGAAGAUGGUCUCACUCACACCUCGCAAUUCAAAACAGCCACGAGUUUCGGUCAUUGAAAGACAGAUGUCGGAUAUUACAGAUGAUGGACUCAAAAACCUUAAUGAAGAAACGCAGUCCCUCCGACACCCACCAGCAGGGGCCAAGUGGUACGGCAAGCUGUAUUGGCUUCUCUGCUGGCCAGCACUACUUCUGCUCAAAGUUACAAUUCCUGACUGCAGCAAGCCCAAACUCCGCAAGCUAUUCCCUCUUACUUUCUUCAUGUGUAUUGUCUGGAUUGGAUUAAAUGCAUAUUUUGUCUCAUGGAUGAUUACUGUAAUCGGUGAUACUUUCCACAUUCGAGACUCAGUUAUGGGUCUGACUUUUCUUGCUGCAGGAGCCUGUUUUCCAGAAGUAGUGACCACCGUCAUCAUGGUUCGUAAAGGAGAAGGCAGUAUGGGGAUCAGCAAUUCGCUGGGUGCAAACACAUUAGGUGUGUUGAUGUGCCUCGGGCUGCCGUGGCUGCUAAAGUCUGCCUCCUCAAGUGGCGCCUCGGUCCACAUCGUCUCCAAUGGGAUGCGCUUCACCCUGCUGGCGAUGCUGGUGCUGACUAUCGUGUAUCGCUGGGGAAUGGUGACAGCAUUCCGGCAUCGGGCCAAUAGGCUGUUUGGUUUGACUUGCCUCUUCCUUUACUUGGCAUACCUAGCUGUCUCUGUUGCCAUGGAGCUUAAUGCCUUUGGAUAUAUCAAUGGCCCUGUAUGUGAAUGGAUCUGAAGCUUUACAUCUAUCAGAUGCAGUGUCCAUGCAGCUCAGUGGACAGAGUUAGUGCAAAAUCAGGAAGGCAGAAUUUUUGGAAUGUGGAAGUCUUCAGUUACUGUAAUGAGUGCUUGAAUUUUGUAGAUGAUUGGAAACUUUGAUGUUGUCCUUGGAUAAUAACUCUGGAUUCUGUAAAUGUUUAAAACUAUGUCAUUUAGAAUUAAUGUGACAAAGUGACACAUAAUAUCUUUAUGAAGGUAUGGCAUUAAAUGUUAAUAGCAACCAAAAAAAUUAAAUUUGUCUUUCAUUGUCCUUGGGAGAAGAAUGCAAAUUAUUGGAGCAAAAUAAAAAUAAAUAUUCAAGAAAAAUAGAUUUUAUUUCUGACCUGCAUGUUUGAAGUAAGGCAAUUUUUUUUUAAAAAAAAGGGCAAAACUUAUGGGUUUGUUCCUAUCCAGCUCAGUUGUAUAUGGCAACAAUCCUGCAUGGCUUGUAAUAAAGGUGUUAAAUAGAAAAGAAUAAACAUGGAAACAAUUUAUUUAUACAACUAUAAAAUGUGAUGCAGCUGAGAAAAGUGAGUGACUGCACUCUAAUUAAGACAACUGGUAACUGUUGUGCAAAAUGAUAAUAGCUCUUGAGAUAGUCUCUGUGUUAACUCUGUUGAACAUGGAUGCACCUCACAUUUUUUUUUUUUUUUAUUUAUGUUAAUACUCAAUCUGUAGAAGGUAGGAAUUCAUGGUCAGACACAUGCUGAUAAUUUAUGUAAGAUUACAGUAUGAAGUAGAAUCAUAAAAAUAGUAUUUAUGAUAACCCAAAAACUUUUAAUUGUGUACUUAAUGUACCUAAUUGUACUGAACAAUGAAGACUGAU